AUGUCUACUUCUGUAUUUUCUCGGCUUACUUCAGCCGCAUUUAGUGAUGCGGAUAAGGACCAGUUCCAAAAGGCUGAUAUUAGAACGGAUGAGGAGCAACAAGUUAAAUUAGAUGAUACAAUGCAGUUGCUUAUUGCUGCUGGAUACUUUCGUGCUCGUAUUAAGGGCCUCUCGCCUUUUGAUAAGACUGUAGGUGGAAUGACUUGGUGUAUUACCUCCAGUAACUUUGAUAUCGAUGUCGACUUGUUAUACCAAGAGAAUUCUACAAUUGGGCAGAAGAUAGCAUUAACUGAGAAGAUUGUUGCCGUCUUACCAAAGAUGAAGUGCCCCUAUCGUAUUGAACCUCAUCAAAUUCAAGGUCUUGAUUUUAUACAUAUAUACCCAGUUGUUCAGUGGUUGGUAAAACAAGCUUUAGAAACGCGUCAAGAGACUGGUAAUGUUACUAGAAAGAUUUCUGAGCUCAACUUCGCAAAGUCUUACCGUGCACCUGAGGAUGAUCAAUAUGCCGAUAAGAAAGAAGGAAUUUCUAAAGGAUUAAAAACAGUCAUGGAUAACUAUAGACCAAAUCGUAGAUUUCGUCGAUCAGACAGCAAAGCAGUCGCACAAUUAGAUGAACCAACUCGUAUUCAAUCGACUUUGUUAGAGUACGGCAUGAAAUUUGGUGCAGCUCCUAAAUCCAAAAGUGAGGACGAGACGGAGCAAAGUGAAGUUGCAAAAAAAGCUUCUGCCGUUAGCUCAGCAGUUAAAGCGGCUGCCGGUAAAGAAGUUAAUGAUGAUGAAGAGGAAGUUGUUGAUGAAAAAGAAAUCUCACGAAUAAUGAAUGAUAUGUCUGCAGCCGCUGGUGCUGAGGCUACGGUCUCAUCAAGUCUAGUUGGAUCAAUCGUAGGAUUACAGUCGGAAGAAAUUCAAAAUAUAUCCUCUGAGUAUGCUGGAAAGCAAAUUGAUAUUGGCCGUGAUGAAAAGUCAGGACAAGUGAGAGGCCUAGAAUCCCAUAAGAGAAUUGUUGAGAAUCUAUCAAAGCAGAUUGCAUCAGAAGAACAAAACUUUUCAGUGGUAAGUCAAAAACACAACCAAUUGGAAACACAACUAGCAGAAAAGCAGCAAAGUUUGGCAGAGUAUCAAACAAAGAAGGAAAAGUACGUUAGCGAAAUAGAGGAAUUCAAUGAGAUCGAAAAGUCUGGCGAAAAUGCUAGCCUGUUGGUAACGUUGCAAGACCUUGUACUUCAAAAUGAGACAUUAAAAAAGCAAGAACAACAAUUUAAGAGUUUCUGCAAGGACGAGAUCAUUCGUCUCCAAGAAAUGAUUAAUAAUCUGAAAGACGAAGAAGAAGAUAAUUUAAGCUUGGACAAAGAGAAGUCACAUUUAGUAGAAAAACAAUAUACUGCCGAUAAAGAGAAAUUCAAUAAAAUAAAAUUAUUCCUUGCUGGUAGAAAUCGUGAAAUUGCUUCAGUUCAGCGAAAAAUUGAUGAAGUUCCAACAAGAGCUGAACUUACUCAAUAUCAGAAACGUUUCGUGGAACUAUAUAAUCAAGUCGCAACUACAUUAACCGAAACGAAGCAAUAUUUUACCUUGUAUAAUACUCUGGAUGAUACAAAGUUAUACCUAUCGAAAGAGGUCAGCCUGCUGAACUCGAUCCAUGAUAACUUUCAACAGGCCAUGGCUUCUGCCGCUAAUAAAGAGCAGUUUCUGAAACAGUUGGAACAGAUCGUGAGCGGAAUCACCCAAAAUAGAACAAAGGCCGAAAAGAAAAGAGCUAAUGAGAAAAUGCGUAGAGAUGAGCUUACUGAUCGAUACUUAGAUUUAGUCGAUAAACAAAGAUUGUACAUAAAGACUGUUAAAGCUUUUACCGAGGAAUGCAAGAAGAAUGAAAUACUAACUGCAAAAUUGGAAAGAAGAUAG